AAUUGAGAGGUUGAUUUCCGUUGCGGUGUGCGGGCGCUCGCUGGUUUGUCAGCGUGCUGCUGAUUCUCCGGCAGUCUGAUUAAACUCUGAUUCUGGAGGUUCAGGAAUGUGUGUGGAGGUUUCUGACUGAAUUCACAUAGACUUUACCUUCCUGCAUCGAGAUCAGACAUGGCUUUACUUGGGAGUUUACUGAAACCUGGAGUGUCUCUGUUGCACUGUAUGAGACAGUUCAGUACAGGGACAUGUUCGAUGGUGAGAAUGCAUGCCAUUCCGAAGCUAAAACAAGUGGACCGGUGGACUGAGAAAAGAAGCAUGUUUGGAGUCUACGACAACAUAGGAAUUUUAGGUGACUUUAAGGCUCAUCCCAAGGACUUGAUCAUUGGCCCUGCCUGGGUGCGAGGAUUCCGUGGGAAUGAGCUUCAGCGGCUCACCAGGAAGAAGCGAAUGGUGGGAGAUCGAAUGAUGACUGAAGACCGACACAACCUAGAGAAAAGAAUCAGUUACCUGUACCGGCGCUUUAACCGCUAUGGAAAACACAGAUAAAGACUGUGUCCUCUGCUGUUUUCUUAUUCCUGUCUGUUUUUAUUUGUAUUUUUUGCAAUGUAAAAAUGAUCAAAUAAAUAUAAACUGUUACCAGA